GGCAUCGGCUGCUACAUGUUCCGCAUCGACGACCUGGAGGUGGUGGACGCCACCAUGCACGGCAGCGCCGCGCGCUUCAUCAACCACUCGUGCGAGCCCAACUGCUACUCGCGCGUCAUCCACGUGGAGGGCCACAAGCGCAUCGUGAUCUUCGCGCUGCGCCGCAUCCGCCGCGGCGAGGAGCUCACCUACGACUACAAGUUCCCCAUCGAGGAGCCGGCCGCGAAGCUGCCCUGCAACUGCGGGGCCAAGCGCUGCCGCCGCUUCCUCAACUGAGCGG